CUCCCUUGCGGAAAUGGAUUCUAUAAUAUUGUGGAAGGAAACUUUGAGAACUUUCUCUAAAUUGUAUUUUAUUUGCAUACGUAUGGCAGAGAUCUGCAAAGCAGAAAUGUAGACGCACGGAAAGUACAGAAUUCUUCCAGUCUGCAAAAAAACCCCAGUAAAGGAACUAUUACAGAAACAACAUGGAUGAUGCAGGACAGAUGGAUAAAGAUGAUCAGCCAAAAGAAUUACCACAAGAUGGAAGUGUCUGCUGUGAACCACAGAACGAACCCAAGGGACAGCAGUCAGAUGACCAUACACUGGUCCUUGACCAGCAGAAUUCUAAUGAAAAAAGCAUCCAUGACACUCAUCAAAAUUGUGACAUUCCUGGAUCAUCUCAAAAGCUAAUGACUAUAGCAUCUCCUGUAAUUAUUAGCCAGUCUGUUGAGCACAGUAAGUCUGAAAAUAGUACUGUUUCAGUACUAAGUCACAACAGCUCUGCACUGAUGCCGUUUCAUGACGUGCAUACUGUGUCAAGCACAGAUUCAGUGAGUGUUAUUUCUGAAAAGUAUGGUUCGUUGUAUCAGAUACAGCACGAUGAUGGACAGACAAUGGGGACGGCUUCUUCAUCUGGUGUGGCAGCUGUUGGAGGCGAACUCACUAAAAAUGUGUCUGAACUGAUGCCGAAAUCCAUGCCUGGGUCGUUGAAUGCUGCAGCAUCUGAAGCAUCUCAUCAAUAUCCUGGGUCAGAAGGUCCCAAAUCUCUUUCAAGCAUGGAAGUCCUCUACAACACAGCAAGAUCUACAUUCGAAACACAGCCGCAGAAGAUGAUUUCCAGCAUGGAUGUUCUUUAUACUGCUGCCACAGCAUCACAGUUAGGAUCAACAUCACAGUUAGGGUCAGCAUUACAGUUGGGGUCCGGAUCACAGCUGCAUGUUGGAUCAACCGUGCCAAAUGCUGUAGCAGGGAUAGAUGUCUUGUAUAAAAGAUCAACACAACCCAUGUCAUCUGAAAUACCCAACAGUGUCUCUACAUCCUCUGUGCUGCAUAACACGACUGGGGUAGUCUUGUGUGAUAUGCUGUCUUCUCACCAAGCAUCAGCAGGUCCUAGAGCUGUUGUGACUUCUUCUACUGCUGCUGCCAAAUAUAGUUCAUCUGUAGCAUCUUUGCAUAACAAACCUCAAAACACUAGUUAUGACAGUAGUGCUUAUGAAAAGUAUAAGCACCUGGUUUCCCAGAUUGGUGUCUCAUCUUCGUCCAGUAUUGGCUUCCCUUUGUCCUCAAGUAGUGUCCUUUCAAGCUCUGAAACACAUGCAUCGACAGUGUCCAGCUAUUACACUCCACACACAGUUCCCUGUUCUAACAGUGAUAGAGAAACUGCUAACAGGGAUGGGAAACAAAUGGCUGGACUUGUCGAACAGAAUUCACACUUGGGCUAUUAUGGUCCAGGUCCACCAAGAGAGAAUUCUGUGGAACCUCAACCAAACAGUCUACACCCUGAAGCCUCUGGUUGCCCACCAGGCAAGGAUUAUAACAGAGUUGCUGUAUCUUUGCCCAGUAUGAAUAUGAUUCCAUUUGUACCAGGCUAUGAUGGUUACCGAAGUAAAGUUCUUGCAGAUGAAAACCAACUUAGAGUGUUUGGAGAAUAUCACCAUGGUGAUGGUAGUAAUGGUGGGCAGCAAAAGGUUUCUCAGGCCAGUGAUAUGGGACCAGCACAUUAUGGAUAUAAUAUCCAGCAUGAAAAGACAUCCAGUAAUAGUCUGAUACACAUUCCAGAAGUUCCAGCAAGAUUUGCCUUUCACGAAAAUGGGCAGAUUGGUUUGACUCAUUUGUUUGAUUCAAGGAAGCAGCCACAACCUCAGCUGCCAGAAUUUAUCCCAAGAGACCCUGGUCAAACACCACAGACCUUUUACCCCAAACUUUCCAGUCAUGAUUCUUCAGUGAUGUAUGCUAGAUCCGACAUCCAGAAAUACCAUCCUCAAGUGUACCAAGAUCUUAUGCAAGGAAACCAUGUUGCAUAUUAUCAGUCUGGCAGUAAAAACAAUCUAGAACAGUUCUCUGCUGCUCACACAUUUGGCUUUCACCAGAACAGUUACUGUGGUGGUACGGUUGAACCUCAGCACAUUGAUAGCCAGAAGGACAGUUUUCCUAGACUGGAUAGCCUUGAGAAAGCUAUGACAACAAAUUCUAGCAGAGAUGUGCAUGAAACCAAUUCAGAUGCACAUCAUAAAAGUAUGAAUGUCGAUAAAGGAAACUGUUUUAUUGACAAUUCAUUAUCAAGUUCGAAAGCAGAAGGACAAGGCAGGGUAUCCAUGUCUGAGCAUGCAGCUCUUUAUGGUGGUCCUUCACAUGCUUUAGAGUCCGUCCAGCAUACAGAGUCAGUUUUGUUAAGACAGCAUCACAAACAACCAAACACUGCAGGUGAACAUUAUCUUCAGACAGACUCCUUUGGGUUUGCUCUGCAGUCACAGCAGAAAGAUGUAAAUACAGCUGAGUCCAGUGUGUCACCAAGAUCAGACAUGUCUGCCAUAAAAAUGAAAAUUAAUGCCAUCUUGGAAAGCAAAAGCUUGCAGUUUGAUGAUACUGUUCAGAAUGAUCCGAAUAAUAAAAAUGUUGAAGAUGUACAACCAGGUGGCAGCUUGCCAGAUGCGAAUCUCAAAGAAGAUGAAUCUGGGAAGGUGGUUGAUGAUAGUUCGGUUAAUAAAGAUAUAAAACGAGGAAAAGCUAUGUCAGAUGUUUCAGUUUCAGAUAUCACAACUGAAGGAUUUAAGAAUAAUGCAGAACCAGUUGUUGUAUGUUCAGAAGGUGCUAUGAAAACUGCCAAGAGUGUCGACACAGCAGAUAUUUCUAAAACUUAUAAAAAGAACAGACCCAGGAAUGUUAAAGGGUCUGAGAAUGUUGUUGGGGUGUCUUUAAAAUUUAAGACAAAGAAAGAUUCAGAUUUCUGUAAUAAGGAGAAUACGGUGGUUGUAGGUAGUGGUGGUGUGAAACUAACAGGGAGUGAUUCACUGACAAAUGACCAGGAGAUACUGAAGGAGAAUAUUCCAAUUCCUCAGUACAAGUGUGACUUGUGCCAGAAGGAGUUUUCACAACUCUGCAGUUUCCAGCGUCAUGUCCGUUUUCACAAUGGACAAGCUCUUUUCACCUGCGAUCUCUGUGGCUUGGGUUUUAACGAUCUGUUCUCCUUCAUCGACCACAUCACAGAAGUAGGGUCAGAGAAACUCAAAGAACUCAAAACCAUACCUGAGUUAAUAAACUCGAAUCCAAAACCUCCAUCUUUAGCCAAUUCAGGAUUUGCCCGGUCAAAAAGAUUCAGGAAAAGAAAGUUCAGACGAUCAAAACGCUUAAAGAAAAGCAAUAACACAAAGGUUUUAAAAGGAUCUGUUGAUAAAGAUGAGCCUCAGGUUCAGGAUGUAGAGGAUGAGUCUAAUGCUGUGGAAGAAGAGGAUGUGGAUGAGCAACUGAUUGAUGUGGAGGAUGCUGUGAAAACAGAAGACGACGAAGAACCAUGGGCGAAGAAUUUCAAAUGCAAUGAAUGUGGGAUGCAGUUCAGCUACGCACGGUACCUAAGUGCACAUCUUUUAACACACUCCGACCAAAGGAGCUUCCAGUGUGAAAUAUGUUCUAAAGAAUUCUCGCACGGACAUUCGCUAAACCGGCACCGAAAGAAGGUUCACCCUAAAGUCGUGAUCCACUCAUGCAACAUAUGUGGUGAAGGGUUCAACCGAUUCUCAGACUUAAAGGAGCACUCUGAUUGUCAUCUGGCCGACAGUUCAUUGAAGUGUAAGAUGUGUGAGCAGGAGUUUUUGUGCCAGCGAGACCUGCAGCAGCAUGUAUCGUCUCACACGGGCGGGAAGGCUUUCCAGUGUGAUCUGUGCUGGAAACAGUUCACACAGUACUGCACGCUGCUCAGACACAAGCGACGAUUCGAUCACUCCGGAGGACCUCCGUAUAAGUGCAAGUGGUGCGCAGAGGGUUUCUACGAGAUGGGUAAGCUUCUGUCUCACAGCAGAAAACACAUGGGUUCUGGUCCUCACAAGUGUGAUGUUUGCGGGAAAGGAUUUGCAACCACGAACAAUCUCAAAGUUCACAAGAGUAGCGUGCACAGUUCGGAGAAGCCUUUCUGUUGUGAUCUCUGCGGAGACCAGUUCACACGGGUGUCUUAUCUCCGACAGCAUAUCAAAACUCACACAGGAGACAGACCGUACGUUUGUGAGCUUUGCGGUAAAGGAUUCGGGAUGCAGGACACUUUGUCAAAGCACAUGCGAACCCAUACUGGUGAGAAACCUUACGCAUGUGAUCAGUGUGGUAAACAGUUUAGUUUGACCGCAACACUGACUGUGCACAAACGAACACACACCGGGGAACGGCCAUACGUCUGUGAGGUGUGUGGGAAAGGCUUCAUUGAUAACUCCAGCUGGAAUAAGCACAUCAAACACCACCAUAAGUCUUCUGGUGUAAGGGAGACCACUCUUGGUGACAAACAUACAUCUGAUACAAGAGAGGCUGAUCGGAAUAGCUACAGAACGUUUAGCGAAACAGGGACUGCUAUAGCUGGUACGUGUUUAACAAAAAACACAAUGAGCGACUUGAUAAAAGAGAGACAACUCCCACUGGAUGGGCAAUUUCUAACUUCACAAAUAAGCCAGUAAAAUGCUAACUGCAAAAAUAACCAUGAGCAACUCGAUUAAAGAAAGACAACUCCUGCUGGGUGGGCAGUUGCUAACUUAACAAAUAAGUCAGUAAAAUACUAACUGAAGAAAUAAGCCUGAAAGUCUGUGAUAUGUGUGUAUGUUUAACUCUUUACAGGUAUAAUGUACGUAGCUCCAGUUGUUACAUAUAUGAAUUUAUAUAUUUAUGGUAGUAAGUCAUACUGAUUAAUUGUAUCAACUAAUAAGUGCUAUUCCAGUGUUGAUAGCUUACUCUGUAUGGUGUGGGCAACAAUGUAUUUAUUUAUUUAUUAUUCCUGGUUCAUGGCUGAAAUUUUCUUCUUAUUUUUUUAGGGUAGUUCACAAUUAUCAGUAUUUUCACAAGCAUAUGACUUAAAAAACGUUAUUCAUACCAGAGGUUUAAAUUGGAUGGCAUUUCUGCCGUAUAUUCGGUCUGGCUAAGUAACAUAUGCCAGCCUGAAUUAAAACCUGCCAGACCAAAAUAUUAUUUGACUCGGACUAAUGUGUAAAUAUUUAUGUAAAAUAAUUGCCAGUCUGACACAGCGACAGACAAAAAAAAUAUUACGUCCCGUAUUGAUGUUGACUGGCAAAUACUGGUUAGGACGGCAGUAUUUCGACUCCUGCAUACUUUUAGUUGCAACCCCUCCCCCCCCCCCCCCCCCCCCCAUCUUCCUACAAGCUUACAUCCAAUGUGUUGAUUUCAAAGGUGACAGGAAGGUAGGAAGGAAAUGUUUUAUUUACCAACACACUCGAUAUAUUUUAUUUACGGUUAUAUGGUUAAGGACCACGCAGAUAUAGAGAGAGGAAACCCGCUGUUGCCAAAGGUGACAGAGAAUUGAAGUUACCCCUAUCUUCCAAUGUGUUUGGAUUUUUGCAAAGGGUAUACUUUUUAAAGUUUUAUAAAAUGUUUUGUUAUUACUUAAAAAGUAAUGCUGACAUUGAAACCACCCUCUACCACAUGUGCUAGUGUAAAUUGAUAAUUGUGAUUGGCCCGUUCAUAUUAUGUAUCGUAAUUUUUUUUAGUGAUAGGUUUUCAUACAAUUUAUGUGAGUGCAUAAUUAGAAUUUACAAUUACUGGUGUGUUAAAGUUGCUUUAUUACUUAUUUCAAACAGAUACACAGACACACAUACCACAUUACAGACACCCUGUCCAUAUAUCUCACACACACACACACACACACACACACACAUGCACAAACAACCCAUACAUCACACACAGACACACACACACAUAUCAGACACACACACACACAUUAGACACGCACACACACCACACAUGACAGUUGUCUCCCCUGAUUUACAUUCUACAUUGAAAUUAAAUCCAAUAAUUAUCAUAAGAACAAGGACAAGUAAAAAAGAGGUACAUACCUUCAAGUGCCCAUAGGCAUACAGGCUGAUUUUUGCCCGAAUUAAAUGAAAAUGUCCAAAUCUGGGUAACAACAUUUAUUUAUAUAAACAUUACUACUGAAAAGCUAUAUAGGGUUACAAACGAAUCUCUAUACAUUUUUUCUAUGGAUUACAACUAAUUUUGAGAGUAGAAUGAUAGAAAUACAUGGUAAAAAGGUCUCAGGUUAGCACACUUUGCCAGAAUUUGAGUUUGCUCCAGCACUAGGUGGGGGAGGGGCAGUUGCUCCCACUGUCUCGUACGCUUAUGCAAGUGCCUGUGGUGUGAAUGGUUACAUGUGCAUUUUAAAAGUAAUUUAUUAGGAUUCUUCUUCUAUUUUUUUAACAAUGUCUUCCAUUUAAAUGACUAUAAUAUUGAUAUAUAGUUUCUUGUUUUCAUUGGACUAUUACCUUUACAUUACCAAUUUACUUGUUUUAUCUUCAGUGCUGGAUAUAACAGUUUUAUUCUCUGUUGUAUGCUGAUGUACAAGUGUUUGUUUUUUUGUGUUUACACAUGUACGUGAUCAUUGUGUGUGUGUGUAUAUAUAGGGCCAAUGUGUUCAGAAUAUAUGGAAGUUUUAUCUA